AUGAAGCAGACAGUAGAUCUCAAGCACAGGAAGCAGACCGUAGAUCACAGGCACAGGAAGCAGACAGUAGAUCACAGGCACAGGAAGCAGACAGUAGAUCCCAGGCACAGGAAGCAGACAGUAGAUCACAGGCACAUGAAGCAGACAGUAGAUCCCAAGCACAGGAAGCAGACAGUAGAUCACAGGCACAUGAAGCAGACAGUAGAUCACAGGCAUAUGAAGCAGACAGUAGAUCACAGGCACAGGAAGCAGACAGUAGAUCACAGGCACAUGAAGCAGACAGUAGAUCCCAGGCACAGGAAGCAGACAGUAGAUCACAGGCACAUGAAUCAGACAGUAGAUCCCAUGCACAGGAAGCAGACAGUAGAUCACAGGCACAUGAAGCAGACAGUAGAUCCCAGGCACUUGAAGCAGCCAGUAGAUCCCAGGCACAUGAAGCAGGCAGUAGAUCCCAGGCACAGGAAGCAGACAGUAGAUCACAGGCACAUGAAGCAGACAGUAGAUCCCAGGCACUUGAAGCAGCCAGUAGAUCCCAGGCACAUGAAGCAGGCAGUAGAUCCCAGGCACAGGAAGCAGACAGUAGAUCACAUGCACAUGAAGCAGACAGUAGAUCCCAGGCACAGGAAGCAGACAGUAGAUCACAGGCACAUGAAGCAGGCAGUAGAUCCCAGGCACAGGAAGCAGACAGUAGAUCACAGGCACAUGAAGCAGACAGUAGAUCACAGGCACAUGAAUCAGGCAGUAGAUCCCAGGCACAGGAAGCAGACAGUAGAUCACAGGCACAUGAAGCAGACAGUAGAUCCCAGGCACAUGAAGCAGACAGUAGAUCACAGGCACAUGAAGCAGACAGUAGAUCACAGGCACAUGAAGCAGACAGUAGAUCCCAGGCACAGGAAGCAGACAGUAGAUCCCAGGCACAUGAAGCAGACAGUAGAUCCCAGGCACAGGAAGCAGACAGUAGAUCCCAGGCACAGGAAGCAGACCUACAACUACAACUACAACUACCACACCUACAACUACAGCUACAACUACCACACCUACAACUACCACACCUACAACUACAACUACCACUACCACACCUACAACUACAACUACCACUACCACACUUACACCUACAACUACCACACCUACACCUACAAUUACAACACAUACAACCACCACACUUACACCUACACUUACAACUACCACACCUGCAACUACAUAUAA